GCAGGAUACAUACAGACAGGACGAGCUCAGCCAUGAGGGUCAUCAAUAUUGGUCCAGAUUUGGAGAUGAAUGAAACUAAAGAGACGCAAGACUACAGACAUUUUGAGAGUGGAAGUCUGAUCGACCGAGUGUUCAACACAUACAAGCUCAUGCACACCAAUCAGACGCUGGACUUUGUCAAACAAAAGAGCUCUGCAUGGGCCGGCUGCAACCACACCCAGAUGAGGAUGAUGGACACCGUCAUGUCGCUAGACGAGCUGGUGGAUGAGUCCGAUCCCGAUGUGGACUUCCCAAACUCCUUCCAUGCCUUCCAGACUGCUGAAGGCAUCCGGCAGGAACACCCAGACAAUGACUGGUUCCAGUUGGUGGGUCUGAUCCAUGAUGUUGGGAAGACAAUGGCUUUUUGCGGCGAACCACAGUGGGCCGUAGUGGGCGACACCUUCCCAGUGGGCUGCAAGUUUCAGAACUCCAUCGUGUUCAGAGGCAACACGUUCCUGGAUAACCCAGAUGAGACAAAUCCCAGCUACAACACUGAACACGGGAUCUAUGAAUCAAACUGUGGGCUUGACAAAGUCAACAUGUCCUGGGGCCAUGACGAAUAUCUCUACAGAGUUCUGAAGUUCAACAACUGCUCCAUCCCAGAGGAGGGGUUGUACAUGGUCCGCUUCCACUCGUUCUACCCCUGGCACUCGCACGGGGACUACAUGCACCUGUGCAGCGAGAAGGACCUGCGCAUGCUGCCCUGGGUCCAACAGUUUAACAAAUUUGAUCUGUACACAAAGACCAGCGAGCUGCCCGACAUCGACCAGCUGAAGCCGUAUUACCAGUCUCUGAUCGACAAGUACUGUCCUGGAAUACUGAAGUGGUGAAACAGACACGAUAUAGAAAUAGAUUACAUAUGCAGAGCAACUCAUUGGUUCAUUGGGUCGUUUCUUUAUACCAAAACAGGAUUUAGUGUCUCCUGUAUACGCAUUAAUACUUAUCAUAUAAAACAAGUCAAAUUAAAUAUAAAGCUUGGGAUUGUUCCACAUUUCAGAAAGAAAUUGGCAGAAAACAACUGAUAUUAUAGGGAAUAAACAUGUUUUUAAAUCCAUCAA